GGAGCGAGGGAGGGCGCGGCCAACUCCCGGAGGGACGGCAGGCCGAAAGAGCGGCGCCGGGGCCUGGCGCGCAGCCUGAGAUCGCCGGACCGCAGGCCGUCCCACCACGGGCUCUGUCCCGGCCCCAGCCCCCCGCCAGCAUGGCCGGCCGGACCGUGCGGGCCGAGACCCGGAGCCGGGCCAAAGAUGACAUCAAGAAGGUGAUGGCGACCAUCGAGAAGGUCCGGAGAUGGGAGAAGCGCUGGGUGACUGUGGGUGACACUUCCCUUCGAAUCUUCAAGUGGGUGCCUGUGGUGGAUCCCCAGGAGGAGGAGAGGCGGAGGGCAGGAGGCGGGGCAGAGAGAUCCCGAGGCCGGGAGAGACGCGGCAGGGGCACCAGUCCCAGAGGGGGUGGCCCCCUCAUCCUGCUGGAUCUCAAUGCAGAUGAGAGCAGCAACCAGAGUUUCCAUUCAGAAGGUUCACUGCAAAAGGGCACUGAGCCCAGCCCUGGGGGGACUCCCCAGCCCAGCCGCCCUGGAUCGCCUACUGGACCCCCAGAAGCGAUUACGGAGGAUACUCAGCCCCCACAGCUGGGCCAAGAGAGAGACCCAGGGGGCACACCCGCAGGCAGUACUGAGGACCCCCCGAAGCUGACCAAGGAGGAACCUGUUCCAGAAUUACUGGAAGCUGAGGAUUCUGGAGUGAGAAUGACAAGGAGAGCCCUCCAAGAGAAAGGCUUGAAAACAGAGCCCCUCAGGAGGCUUCUUCCCAGGAGAGGCCUCCGGACAAAUGCUCGCUCUGCUUCCUCGGUGCCAGACACCAGAGCUCCGGGAGGUGGGAGCAAGACCCAGAGGGCACCCAGGACGAUACCACAGGGGAAGGGGAGGUGAGCGGGCCCAUCCCAGAAGGUGAGGCCCUUAGGUCUUCUUUAGCUGCCCCAAGAUCCCGUCACCUCCUCGCACUACAUCAGGGUGGAGAGAGCUCCGGAGCUGGACGCCUGCUGCGUGUACUUGGAGGUAGGCAGCCAGCUCUCCCCUUGUCCUUGACCCUAAAUCAUGGAUCCAUCUUGCUUGUCGUGGGUCCAAAACUGUGGUGCUUGGGGCAGGUCAUGGACAAGGAGCGUCUGAGGACGCUGCUGGGUGAUGCCUAGAAGCAACUUGAAUAUACAAAAGAACGGAAUGUGGGCCGACUUGGCCACCUCUUCGUGCACCAGGGCAGCUACCCACCAAAGACCAGGCAUGGCCCCCAGGGAGGCACCUGCGACCCUCGGAACCACAGGAUCUACCCUGGUGAGCAGCGAGCAGUGUCUGAAGCUUUGGUCAACCGGUGCCAGGUACUCCCUUGCGGAGUCUGUGAUUGGUGUCAUAAUUCAUGCUUGUGUAGGGGUAUGCCCGUGUGGAGAGAUACCACUCCAGCAAACACCUGGCAGCUCCCCUCCCUCCACAGGCCUCUGGACCCUAGGCCUGCCAAUUAACCUUUGGCUGGAGAAGACACGUGCCAACCUUGCCUGUCAAGCGAGGGGCACACAUGGUCUAAUGACCUUUCCGAUCAGGCUCCGCCUCCUGCUGUAGGACCCAAGUCCAGGAAAGGAUGGAGACUUGUGGUCCAGCCUCGAGCCUGCCAAACCUACCUGGAAACUACCCGUUUUGAGUAACCCAUGGCAACUGAGCCAUUUGAGGGUUCCAAGGGCUUUCAUCAACCUCUUGCCUCCUGACUUAACAGUGUGUUGGGCCUGCCAUGCCAGGAAAUGUCUCCCACUUUUGAGGGCUUACUAACUACAUACUGCAAUUUGUGGGAGUUAUUUAAUACACUAGUCCUGUGUCAUAGAUCCUGUUACUUUUACAUUUUACAGAUAUGGAAACUAAAUAGCCAAGAGGUUGAAGAUCUUACCCUAAGUCACGCAGCCUGCCUGUGGCAGAACCAGCUGCCUGCCUGCCCCCACAGUUCCUGCUGGUAUAACCCUUCUUGUGCUGGGCGUCUGCUGGGGCUGAAGCUGUGACUUGUUAAAGCAUUCAUUUAAGGAACAUCCAUUUUUCUCAGUGGAAAACUAUAUAGGACUUUAACAUUUUUUUAAUGUUUUUUAUUUAUUUAUUUUUUUGUCUCACUAUGCAGCCUUUGCUGGCC